CCGGGCUCACUCUGCGCCGCCAUGUUGGGGUUCGUGGGUCGCUGCUCGGCCGCCGCCGCCUCCCCCCUGCUGCGGCGAGGGGCGCUGGGCCCGGCCGGGGCCUCGGGGCCGCUCCGCGACCUGCUGCUGCUGCGCGGCGCGGCCGCCGCCGGGGCCCGACGGGACUAUGCAGCGCAAACGGCCCCCGCCGCCAAGGCCAGGGCUGCCACGGGCCGCAUCGUGGCUGUCAUCGGCGCCGUGGUGGACGUCCAGUUCGACGAGGGGCUGCCCCCGAUCCUGAACGCCCUUGAGGUGCAGGGCAGGGACACCAGGCUAGUGCUGGAGGUGGCUCAGCAUCUGGGUGAGAACACAGUUCGUACCAUCGCCAUGGAUGGUACCGAAGGCCUGGUGAGAGGACAGAAAGUGCUGGACUCCGGGGCCCCAAUAAGAAUCCCUGUAGGCCCCGAGACCCUUGGUAGAAUCAUGAAUGUGAUUGGGGAGCCCAUCGACGAGAGAGGCCCCAUAACGACCAAACAGUUUGCUGCUAUCCACGCUGAAGCCCCAGAAUUCGUUGAGAUGAGCGUAGAGCAAGAGAUCCUGGUUACCGGCAUCAAGGUGGUGGACCUGUUGGCACCGUACGCCAAGGGUGGCAAAAUCGGUCUGUUUGGAGGCGCCGGCGUGGGCAAGACCGUGCUGAUCAUGGAGUUGAUCAACAACGUGGCGAAAGCCCACGGUGGCUACUCGGUGUUUGCUGGCGUCGGGGAGCGAACCCGUGAAGGGAACGACUUGUACCAUGAAAUGAUCGAGUCUGGGGUCAUCAACCUGAAGGACACAACCUCCAAGGUUGCCCUGGUUUACGGGCAAAUGAACGAGCCCCCAGGCGCCCGUGCCAGAGUCGCGCUGACUGGGCUGACGGUGGCUGAGUACUUCAGGGACCAGGAGGGCCAGGACGUGCUGCUCUUCAUAGACAACAUCUUCAGAUUCACGCAGGCUGGCUCUGAGGUCUCUGCCUUGCUUGGCAGAAUCCCCUCAGCCGUGGGGUACCAGCCCACCCUGGCGACUGACAUGGGCACCAUGCAGGAGAGGAUCACCACCACCCGCAAGGGCUCAAUCACCUCUGUGCAGGCGAUCUACGUGCCAGCUGAUGACUUGACCGACCCUGCCCCUGCCACCACAUUUGCCCAUUUGGACGCCACUACUGUGUUGUCCCGCGCCAUUGCUGAGCUGGGCAUCUACCCUGCCGUCGAUCCUCUGGACUCCACCUCCCGCAUCAUGGACCCCAACAUCGUGGGGCAGGAGCACUAUGAUGUGGCCCGGGGGGUGCAGAAGAUCCUACAGGACUACAAAUCUCUCCAGGACAUCAUUGCCAUCCUGGGGAUGGACGAGCUGUCGGAGGAGGACAAGCUGACAGUAGCCCGCGCCCGCAAGAUCCAGCGGUUCCUGUCCCAGCCGUUCCAGGUGGCCGAGGUCUUCACUGGCCACUUGGGCAAACUGGUUCCACUGAAGGAAACCAUCAAGGGCUUCCAGGAGAUCCUGGGAGGAACCUACGACCACCUGCCAGAACAGGCUUUCUACAUGGUGGGCCCCAUCGAGGAGGCUGUGGCGAAGGCAGAGAAGCUGGCUGAAGAGCACUCGUGAGCGACUGGCUCCGUCAUAUCUCUCCCCCAGCGCAUCCCCACCCGGCUCCCCGGGCCCUGAGCUGGGUGUUGUCGUGUCUCCAGAGCAUAUUUAAAGUUUCCAAUAAAACAUCUGUCUAAAACUUGAA